AUGACCAUCUGGUCGCCAGUUCUCCUGCUCCUAGCCCUAAGGGCUUCUGUUACUUCUGCUGUUAACACGGGCUUAUCGCCUCAUCUACAACCUAUCAGUUAUGAUCUGACGGUGAAAAUACCAGAUCCUCUGGUUUCCGAGGGCUUCAGCGCCUCUCUUGUUAUGCACUUUGAACUCACCGCCACAUCGUCGAACGUCACUCUUCAUGCUAAGAAUCUUCAUUCAUUGAGCAAAGUGUCCAUGGUUUCUGCCAACAGCUCCUAUGAGCCGGUCCUUAUAAGGACCUUGCUUCUUCAAGAGACUGUCGAAUUCACCUUCCUACAGCCAUUGCCCACCGGGCAGUACUUGCUCACUAUUGGCGAGUACAACGGCCAUUUCACCGAUGGCUCUACAGGAGUGAUUCAACGGGAUCAGAAACUCUUCAGCACUCAUCUUCAACCGAAUUUUGCCCGACAACUGAUGCCAUGCGUUGAUCAUCCAUCGGUGAAAGCUGUCUUCAGAAUUGCUGUCAUCCAUAAAACUGGUACACAAGCUCAGUCAAACACGAUUGCUACAGAUGUGACUGUGGUGAAUUCCACAUGGCAGAAGACAGUCUUCGCUCCAACACCAUCACUUCCAGCUUAUUUGGUCACUUUUUCGGUCAUGCCACCCCACUACCAAGAGCUUGAGCGUCAGACGUCGUUCGGCGUUACGGUUCGCGUCCACGCGGCGACAAUCGCGACAGCGCGACGUGUUCUCGACACCGCUAUCGCCUCGUUCGAAUUACUAGCAGAUAUCAUGGAAAUUCCUCUACCGUUAAAUAAGGUCGACUUCAUUAUGGUGCCGCAUUACGACGGUGGCAUGGAGAACUGGGGCCAUGUUCUCCUAUCUGAGAACCUGGCUGCAUCUGGUGAUGACGCUCAUCUCUCCUAUAUCAUCGCCCACGAACUCGCCCACCACUGGAUUGGUGAUAAGGCAACGGUGAACAGUUGGCGAUGGAUUUGCCUGCAGGUAUGA